AUGCUACUAAAGCUGAACAUCCAAUGCCUCCAACUGAAGGCCGAUUCGAAGUUGUUAUCGACAAUGAUGUUGUGACUCGCCUCGACUUGUCCCCUUUUCAGGCUGCAACAGGAAUCAAGUCCCCUUCUUUAGUAAAUCCAAAGGAUUUUCUGGAGCGUAGAAUUGGAUUUACCAUAAACUACGCUCGAGAAGAUCCUGGGGAUCCGCGAGAAUUAUCAGAGUUCCCUGAAAUCAGGCUCUGGUUUGUGAGGCUUGAUGCUACCUAUCCAUGGCUGCCUAUCUUGUUGGACUGGAGAGCAGGCGAGCUUGCUCGCUAUGCUGCAAUGUUGGUUCCUCACCAGAUGAAUAUGAAAAUGGGAGUUGUAUUCAACCCAGAGGCAUUAGAACUGUUUGUUAUGAACAAAGUGUUUGUUGCAUAUUCAUGGUUGAAGCAUCAUGACAUUCCCAUGCCUAAAUUAAGGACAAAAGAUAUGGCCACAAUGCUUGGAUUUGGGAUUGGAGAUGAACUAUACGACUUAAUUGACAAACAUCCUCUUCAUCUAUCAUCAUCAUCAAAUGAGGAACGUGUAUGAUGAUGCAUGCAUGUGUAUCAGUAUUUUUAAAAAUAUAUAAAAAAAAAUAUCAGCAGCAUCAAUUUGAGAUUGAUAUAUGUAAUCCUGUUUCAAGGUAAGAAUUUUAAAACCCACCAUUCCAAUGUUAGUUAUAAUGUAAUCAUUCUGAUAUAUGUUGUAUUAGAAACAGAGUUGGAUUGAUUUGGAGGGAAAAGUCAGUAUAGUCUCAUGGUUGGUGCAAUAUAUAUAUAUAUACAUGUAA